CAACAUUUUCCGUGAAUCACUCAGAAUUCCCUGUGCUGCGGAGAUUUACUGUGUCGCGCGUGUAUUUUCCUGUGUUGCGCACGCGUUUUAGGUUUGGUCCCUAACGGCGUUCCAUAGGAUCUUGGUCGGAUGCCCGGAUGCCAGACCAUAGAUCAAAAAAUGAGAUGUGUAAACAGUGUGUAAAUCAGUGAAAUCAGUUGUUUUUUCUUGUGUUCAAGCACUUCAAGUCUAUCCUCUAUCGGCUCAAAACUCAUUGGUAGCUCCCAGCAGCUAGUGUCUUCUGCAGUGUUUUCCGUUGUGUUCAAUUUCUCUUCUGUGAUAUGCUGAUAUCUUUCACGUGCGCUUACUAAUCGUUCCCAACUUACUGGUCUUGACCAUUGUUUUGCCUGGUUUCUUUGAAAGUUUUCGAUCGAGCAGCGGUAAUGUUAGAACUGUCAUCGUCAGUGUACUUAUUUACUCUACGCUGAAGUCUCUCAUUUCUUUAAUAAUAAUUUAGAACCAAAAUCAUGGCCUCGACAAACUGGAUGAUCCGCGGGAGACAUUUUAGGACCAGAGCUCUAAGAUAUCGAACCGACAAUGAUGAAGAUAAAAUAAAAAUUAAUCUUAACAGAGAGCCUAAAGAAGUAAUCCAUGAAAUUUUGUCAAACGUGUGCCAAAAACAGCAUUUAUCAGAGGCAAAAAUUCUUGCUUAUUUAAAUGCAUUUGUGCAGUUCCUAGUCAAACUGAACCCAGACCUCACACCCUGUGAUCUUGGAUUAUCUAUAGAGGAAAUACUUUUGUGUAUGCGGGCCAUACUAGUUCAAGAAUCUUCAACUGUUCGUUCCGCUGGGCUCCGGGUUUUGCGACAUCUGCUGAAAACCAAACAAUCAUUUUUUAUCUUGAACAAAGUCCAAAUUCCGAUUCUUAUAGCUAGGAGUGUAGAUUUAUUAGUCCAGAAUCACAAUGAAAGAGUUCAAGCCUUACAGCUAGUUCGCCAUCUCCUUAAGGUUGCCCCUGAAUAUUUUCCUCUCCAAGUGGCUAGGGCUGUUGCGGCAGCUAUUUUCCCUGCAGCCGGAGACAAUGAUCGGCUCAUCAGAUCUUGUUUAGCAAUUUUAUGUGAAUUGGGGUUAUCAAAUCCUGAUGUUUUCAUCGCAUGCGGUGGUGUUAAGGCUUUAAUGUACAGUUUACCAACACAGUCAUCUCCGCAAAUAAUUGAGUCAAUGAUUGGUGUACUGGUAUUUUUAAUGAACAAACCUGUCACCAGGAGUAAAGCAAAGAUAGAUUUUUUUUGUUUCGUUGCUUCCUUCAUUGAUCUUAAAACGGAAAAUUCUCAAACAACCAUUACCUCAAGCUGUUGGUGCCUUUUAUCUCUCCUGCGAUCAUGGCCUGGCGUUCUUCAUUUAUGCAAUCCAAAUAAUCGAGGUCUAGUUUCCUACGUAGCUGCUCUUCGUCUGAAUCAAGAUGAUGUCAGAAGAGCUGUGCUAGAUUUGACAUUUGACUUGCUAAACUUGGAGCAGCCUAAGUGGACUGAUAGCAUAUCUGUGGCUUUAGAGUCUGUAAAUCCCUCAACUUUUAAGGACUCAUAUAAAGUAACUGAGGAAUUCGUAACAGCUGAAGGAAAGUCUAAUCUGCCCAGUUUAACCAAAUCUAGAAUUAACUUAAUUGAAACGCACAGUGCCCUCCUGCUGUAUUGUCUUCUAAAAGCUGGUCUGUUGGAUGCGCUCAUUGAAAUCAUCAUAGCUCCUGAUCCUUUUUUAUCAAUCAGAGCUACUAUUUUGUUAGGUGAAAUUUUGCAUCUAGCACAUUUUCUGCUACCUCCAGAAUGUUGCAACUUAUCUCCUGCUUUACCAAAUCUAAUAUCUUAUGCUGUUCGUGGACACCCUGUCAUUUCAUUACCCAGUCAUUUCGGCAUGAGAUCAAUGGAAACUUUAAUAGUGGCUGACAAUGAAGUAAAAGGAGCAAUGAACCACACUCAGUUCUCAACACCUAUAGAAAAUCACAAGCACAGCCCUACUACGGCCCAUGAAAAGCAACCUACCUCUGAAGUUUCUAUAAAUACAUCACAGCUCUUAAUGGAUGGGUCCCUCAGUUUUGACCCUGAAUACACGAACAUAUCCAAUAUGAGAAAAGAGGUGAUAGGAAUGUUGCGUGAUGGGAGUCAGAUACCAUUCUUAGUUGACCAGUUCUGCAAUUAUAAUGUCAAAGAUAAUGGAGGCUUGAAGAGUCAUGCCCAUAAGGAAUACGAUUUUAAUUUAUUCACCAAUUACUUUAAGUCAGAAUCUCGAGCGUGUCUUCACUCACAGCAAAGAGCAAUGUCAGCAGUAUCAGCACUGACAAAUCUGCAUAAUCUAAUGCAGAAAAAACCUGCUCCAACGACAGUAUAUCUGGAACAUAUAAUAACAAAUGUAGAAGAAAAAAGCACGUUAAGCCUAGAUGCCAUAGCGAAACUAAAAUGUAAACGAAGCUCUAGUAAAAACAGAGUUCAGCUAGCUCUUCUUAAAGAGUGUGAUGAACAGAUUCGAGUAUCAGAGGUACUCACACAGAAAAAUCCUUUCUCUUGGAAUUGGAAUAUGAUACAAGCUGUUUUGAAGCUGAGGCUAAAUUUCGGAUUAGAUGACUUAGAUCACUCAAAUUUUAUCAAGAAUUUAAUUCAAUUUUUAAAACCAUCAAACAAGAAUUUCAGCCGACCAGAGUUCUUUAAGCAAGCGAACUUAUAUGUGUUUUCAUGUUGUGAUCUGCUGGACUUUCUUUGUGAAACAGAAAGUCAGGAAGCUGACUUGUUUCUAAAUGAUUUUUUGAAUGACGUUAACAAAUACUUAGAAGAACUCAUUAAUGCCAAAUCCGUUCAUGAGUGCUUCUUCAAUCCUCGACAAAUAACCACCUCCUCUUAUCAUUAUUAUUUUCUGUUUUUGGGACAUUUAAGUAGGUCUAUCAAAGGUAGAACUCAUUUUGAAAGACUGAGAGUCUUUGAUCACUUAGGUAAAAUUGCUUUAUCUAUAAAUCAUGAAAUUUACAUCAAACUGGUCAUCUCCACUUUAGAUUACUCUACUGACUCGCCAGCACGACAGAUUUUAGGUCAAGUAUUAUCCAGUCCAAAAGUGUCUGCUAGACUUUACACAACUAAAUAUUUACACAUUUUGCUAAGAACUCAACUGAAUGUGAAAGAAAAUUUAACAAAAUGGGUAAUAGAAACCUUAGUAAAUCAGUUGUACGACGAAAGCAAAGCUGUUUCAAUUGUAGCGAUCAAUGCGUUGAACGAAGCAUGCGAUUAUAGGCCUUACCUGGAAAAAAUAAUUGAGAUAAAACCAUCUCUUUUACAUCUGGGAGACAAAGGAUUACUGUUACUGAUUAGAUUUUUAUCACUUCCUGAAGGUUUCAAGUAUUUACAAGACGCUAAUUUUGUUAGUAACGAACUGACACGAUGGGCAAAUCAUUUCAAUUUCAAGUAUGUUAGGAUUGUUGAAAGUGAAUUACAAGAGGCAGUUAGCCAGCAGCAACGAGAUGAAGAAGGAAGAUCAGUUAAAUAUAACACUGGCAGCAAACACCAAAUACCAGAUGUUUUUGUCCCACCGCACUUGUAUUCACAACUUGUACAACAUGAGGAAGGCUUUAAACUGCUUCUAUCAGAACCAGGAUUCAAUGCACUCAUUCCCAUUCUGUUAGAAGGCAAAUGUGAUGCAGAUGAUGAAAUACUCCAUUUAAAAGCAUCAGUCUGGGCUUUAGGCCACUUCGGAACGUCUACUCAAGGUGCCAAAUAUUUAUUUGAUCAUGGUGCUGUCAUUGCAUUGAAGAAAUUAUUUUUGAAUGCACCUGUUUAUACUGUUCGUGCUACUGCAUAUUAUGCCAUGUCAAUGCUCGCAACUAAUAGGUCAGGUGUUGCUGCCCUUCACAGUGUAGGAUGGGAAUGUGUGCGCCAUGGUAGGAAUGAUCAGUGGCCUCUUGUUUCUCCGCCUCCUCACUCUGUAUUUUCACCUGUAUUAAGUCCAUUAUCGCCGGAACAGGGGUCAUUGGAGGAUUCAAAGUCUCCAGAAGACAAUACUCUGGUCGGAACCAUCUCCUGGAAUCAUUUUGGGAGGUGCUCAUCCUCUCAAAAGGCAGCAACUCUCCCUGGCUCAACUAGUCAUCACCUUUCUGUUUUGAAAAACGUUCACGUCAGGAGUCCAAGUGAAAGUAAAGCAGACAAUUGUGAAGAAUUAUUGGUAUUAAAACAAAUCUAUCAUGAAAGUGCGGAAAGAAUGACAGACGGACAAGCAGAGUCUGAUGUAAAACUGCAAUUAAACAGUGUUUGCACAAACCCGAGUACCAAUAGCUCAUGUGAUUCCUCCAGCAGUAAAGAACAUAGUAUGGAACAUGCUCAAAAAGUUGCUCCAAAUGUAAGCUCUAGUCAUCUUGAAUCGUUUAGAUCAUUAAAAUCAUCAGUACCUCACCUGACUUUUGAUCAGAUUAAAUCAAGUCGAAGAGUACACCAUCAAAACAUUUUGGGCUAUAACACGCUGAAAUUGUUGAACUGGCACAGGAGACCUCACUUGAUUUCUCCCUCUUCGACCACAGCUGCUGUAGAGCUCUUCUCAAUCCAAGAUUUGAAACAGAUGUCUCCUCUUGUUCGCCCAAAACUGUCAUCGAAACAUACUCCAAAGAUAAUACUUGAAUCUGAUGAGUUUUAUCCAUUAAAUAAAAUAGAUUCUCUGCCAGCUGUGAGUUACCCAAGUAGUAGUGUAAAUUUGCCGUUUCACUUCUCUGAUGAUAACAACUGUAGUCAUGAUUUUAAACUGGCAAUUGAAGAACCUUUCUAUCGUGGAAUCUGUCUGCCUUUGAAUUUAGAAUGUAUCUUCUCAACUGUAAGCCAUGCAAAAAUCUCUAGUCACUUGGAUGCAGCAACAGUUUUCAUUGGUAAGAAAGCUAAGAGCGAAAAAGAUGAUGGAACAAACUGGAGCUCAGGAGAAUCUGAAGAAGAUAAAAUUUUGUCCUGUGAACCUCGGCCACGAGACAAAGAAGCAAGGAAGCAACAUGACAAGUCAUCUUGCUUACUGUGUGUGAAUAAGUCUAAUGUCAAAGCAACAAGAGUCCGGAAAGUUUCAAGCAGUUCCUUUCACCGAAUCAGAACAGAAACAGAAAGCAGUUAUGGUGUGAUUGGAGAUGAGGAAAGUCCAAUUUUGUUGCCAUGGCAACAGAAAACUACAGGUCUCUUGGACAAUCCAGGUCUAGAAACAAGCAACAGUGGCUCCAGUAAUGAAGGGAAUUCAAGUUCAGCAAGGCAGUCCAUAUUAGCAGACAAAUCUUUAAGCAGUUGUUCUGGCGCCCGAAAGCACCUUCUAAAGUUAAUAGAACAAUUAUUUAAUCCAAUCCUCUACAAGGCAUGCAAACAAGGACUUCUGCACUUAAAACAGCUAUGCCAAGAUUUAUUUCAAGACAUCUGUGUGUACUCGGACAUCUGUGCACUAAUGUCGAUGAGUCCCUAUCGCGCUCCAGCUCGAAGAUUAGUUCAGGAACUAUUCCUUGAUACUCAUUUCAAUGAGCUAUUUGAGGAAGCAGCAUUAGUCCUGGCAAACAACAAGAUUGAACCUGCAGAAGAGUGUCCGCCCACAAAUGCAAUCAGUUUCAUGCUUUGCUCUCAAGGAAGUGAUGGUGAAAGCACAGACAGCCCCCUUAUUCAAGUGACUGACAAAAAAUCUCGUCACAGCAUAGAGAAUCGGAAAACCAACCUUGACAAUAAUAACUCAGAACUUGAAGUCAUCUUAGAACUAGAUCCCUUCUCAGAAGUGACGAGAAAAAGUAGUUCUGGUAAUAAAAAUUUCGAAAGAGUUUCCAAUGAUGUAAAACCUUGAUGGGAAAUUCGUAAUCCAAAUGGUUCCAAUGAGUCCGUUAAGUUCGGAAGAAUUUGGCCCGCAAAUAGAUGUUUUCUACAGUGUUUGGUAGAAGGAAAACGAUGAGCAUGGUUAAAUCGUUCAAAAAAAUUGUCCUUGCAGAGAAAUUACGCUUGCCUUUGAAGGGGCAUCAAAAACUCAUGAAUAGAGUGCUGGCAACCGCGACUUCACCGAUCAGUGUUCGAAACUCACAGGCGCCUAAAAAGUAGGCUAUGGCGCCUAAAAAAUGAAGGCUCUGCGUGAAUGUAGCCCCUAAAAAUCUGAAUUUUCAUAUGAAGUCCCAUAAAGUAAGUAAAAUAAAUCUAUUUGAAUUAAAAAAUCUCAGAAUUUUCAACACAAGUAAAAGCUUUUCUAUUCUUCACGAUUUUAUUCUUAGUGCUUUUGUCUUCCCCAAGUUACAGCUACUUACUAGUUCUGUUACGAAAACAUCUUGCGUCUAACUUUUUACUAAUUGCGCCGUAUUAUCUAGGCAAAAAGUCAAUUUGGCCCCUAAAAAAUCUUCAAUGGCACCUAAAAAUCGGGCUUGAUGCGCCACAUGGCUCCUAAAAGUCCAAGGUGAGUUUCGAAAACUGUUACCGAUAAACCUACUUAUCAUACAUGGAAGAUGACAGUGGUGUCACGUAUGUACUAACGACCAUCGUGCUGCUGUUAGAAUAGUGUUGUUAUGUUUGAUAUAGUUAGUACUUUUAAGAUUUAACAUUUCGCAGAAUCAGUAUUUAAUGCUUCAAAUCGGAGUAAUAAAAAACAAGGAAACAUAACUUCAA